AUGCAUCAAUUAUUAGAAUAUUUUCAAGAACAAUGGUUUAACAAAGUUCCGACUACUCAAUGGUGUGUUCACGGCUUGUCUAUGCGAACUAACAACAAUGCAGAAGCAUUUCAUAGUCGUUUCAAUCGUCGUGUACAAAUUCAUCAUUCAAAUAUAUGGUCAUUCAUCAAGCUCUUGCAAGGUGAAGAAAGUCGUUUUCAUCAUAUGCUUAUACAAUUUAAUGCUGGUUUAGGUGCAAGAACAAAACAAGCAAAAACAAUUGCUAUUCAACGUCGUAUAGAUAAUCUUGAUAAACGGUAUUAUGACGGUCUAAUUGAUGUAAUGGAAUAUUUAAAUGAAUUAUCAUUUACAGUAGCUAAACGAAAAAAAUAA